AUGGCCAAUCUCCUUCUUGUCAGUCGAGGAUCCAACCCCUCACCCACAGUUGGUGAAUGCUGGGUACGAAACUUUGUCAACCGCCAUGAAGAGCUGAAAUCCAAAUUCUCCCUCAAGUAUGAUUAUCAGUGUGCACUAUGUGAGGAUUCUGAGGUUAUCCGUGGGUGGUUUAGACUCGUACAAAACACCAUUGCAAAGUAUGGGAUCCUGGAUGAUGAUAUCUACAACUUUGAUGAGACUGGAUUUCAGAUGAGGGUUAUUGGGACUGCCAGGGUCAUUACUGGGUCUGAAAGAGCUGGGAAUUCUAAGCUUGUACAGCCUGGAGAUCGGGAAUGGGUGACUGUUAUUGCUGGAAUUAAUGCAACUGGCUGGGCUCUACGUACGAUGAUUAUACUCAAGGGAAAGAUGCACCAGUCCUGUUGGUAUGAGACAGAAGGGCUGCCAAGUGACUGGGUGAUUGGAGUCAGUGAGAAUGGCUGGACGACUGACCAGCUGGUGUACGGACAACAGGUAGAGAACCAAAUGCGGCUUGGAAUCAACCAUAUUGAUAAGGAGGAGUUUCUGGCCCUAUAUCCUGCAGCUCAGAUACAGGCCCUGACUGAGAGCAACAUUAAGAGUGGUUUUAGAGCAGCUGGGCUGGUUCCGUACGAUCCUGAGCAGGUUCUCUCACGAUUUAAUACAACAAUGCAUACCCCCACCCCAUCUGGGACCUCUCAUAGCUCUCAGGCCUCCUGGGCCACUGCUACACCACAUAAUAUACACCAGCUAGAGCAGCAGACUAAGAAAGUUAAAGGAUAUAUUAAGCGCCCUCAAGAGGGUGCUUUAAGGGUUGAAGAAGGCUUGGAUCGCGUACGAAGGGUCAAUGAAUUGGAAGGAAAGGUGGUUGAGGCUGCUGGCUCUCAACCACGAAAACGUGCAGCACCACGGUGUAGUCAAUCAUAA